AUGGUGCAUAUCGAGGAGAGUCUCCAGAUCCCUCGCGAUUUUGAGGGAUUCGGCGAGGAGGGGUUUGAUCCAAAGUGGCCCAAAGGUGCUCGCAUUGCUGUGUCUUUUGUCCUCAAUUAUGAAGAGGGAGGAGAGCGAAGCAUCUUGGAUGGUGAUCCAUUCUCGGAGCCAUACCUGUGGGAGAAGGGUGCGUCAGGCGGUUACAAGGAAGGUGCACGAUACCUCAACGCCGAGCAAGACUUCGAGUAUGGCAGUCGCUCUGCAUCCUGGCGUCUUAUCCGACUAUUCAAGGAGUUCGGAUGGAGCUUCACCACGUAUGCCGUCGCUUAUGCCCUGAAACGAAACCCGACCUUCGCAAAGGCUCUGGUCCGUGACGGCCACGAGAUUGCCUGCCAUGGUCUAAGAUGGCUCGACAUCUGGAACUACUCGCUUGAAGAAGACAAGGAAUACAUCAAACAGAACAUUUUGAUGUUGAAAGAGGUCUCGGGCGAGAUGCCGGUCGGUGCUUACUUCGGCCGCGGAACCCCUAAUACCCCUUCCUUGUUCCCAGAGGUUUGGAAGAGCCUGGGUGGAGAGUUUCUCUGGUCCUCGGAGUGCUACAACGACGAUGUGCCUUACUGGCUAGACUUGCCUUGGGAGAAGGACUUGCCAGAAGCUGACAGGGAGGGCAUGCUUCUGAUCCCUUACAACUAUGACUGCAAUGAUGGCAAGUUUCACAUGUCACCUGGGUUUGGCAGCUCAGUCGCUGAGACAUAUGAGCAAUAUCUCAAAAACACCUUCGAUUGUUUGUACAGAGAGGGCGGGAAGUUAAUGAACAUUCCGUUGCAUACGCGCAUCAUCGGCAAGCCAGGGAGAUCUGAGGCACUGAGAAAGUUCAUGAAGUACAUCUCAGAGAAAGAGGGGGUUUGGGUCACGACUCGAAGGGAUAUUGCUAAGCAUAUGAGGGCUGAAUUCCCGUACAAACCCAAUGGCGAGUGGAUGAAGGGUGUGUCAGGCGCUCAAUGCGACAAGGCAGAUGUCACAGAUGAAGCUUCAUCAACUGCAUACACCCGGGCAUUAGAAGAAAGGGUGGCCUACCUGGAGAACAAGCUGGCUCAAAUUCCUACGCCAGAAACCAACUCGACCCCCAGAGAAACCGCCAGUAUUCACUCCAGUCACUCAAACAGGGACAAAAAUGCUCUGAGCGACGUGGUUGCACACGUGUCGCUAGGGAAUUUUGAGGCUCCUGCCUAUGUUGGACCUUCGGCCGGGUUAUCGCUGGCCCUCAAUCUCGGCGAGAUGGUCCAAGCUACAGUCUGGAACAAGAUGUUGCCAGACAUCCAUGACGGUGCAAGUGCCAAUCGGUCAACGGGCUGCCUCAAUCCGGGCCCUAGAUGUCUUACAGUAGAGGAUCUCUUGGCUCACGGUGUCAAAGAGCCCCCGAGUGAUGAGCAGGGUUCAAAGAUGCUGAGGGCAUACAUGUCCCAACUGCACUCCAAGUAUCCUUUUCUCGAGCCUGAGGAAUUAUGGAAGCUGCAUGGCGAAAGAGUCGCGUUGGCAGGAACUCCACCGCAAAGUUUAAGCAAAGCUGAAAGAUUUGGUGUGUUUAAGCUGUACCUAGUGUAUGCUAUGGGUGCAACAUUGGUACAGCUGACACAGCGUGGCCCGGGAUUUUCCCCGGAGGCUCUCUACAUCACUGCACUGCAGCACAUAUCCGCGGCAAGGGAAUCGCGGACGGUGCAGAACAUUGAGGCGAUGACGUUGUUAGUCAUGUUCCAUCUUCGAUCAACCUCUAGUCAUGGACUGUGGUACAUGAUUGGCCUGGCGAUGAGGACAUCCAUUGAUCUUGGGCUUCACCGCGCAGCUCACGAAAACAAUCUCUCUGAAUCUGUGGUUCAGCGCAGGCGAAGAUUAUUCUGGUCUGUCUACUUACUAGAGCGGACAAUCGCCAUCUCACUCGGUCGACCCUUGAGUAUAGCGGACAACCAGAUUGAUGUAGAGUUUCCUGAUACUUGUAUCAACAGCAGCUCAUCUGCAUCCGGGACUGUUGGAAACGACAUAACGCUCGCAGUUGUGCUGUUCAAGCUCCGCCGAAUCGAGUCGAAGAUUCAUCACUCCAUUUACCGUACAGACAAAGCCUUAGAUACCCUCCGACCAAAGCUCGAUCGUCUCUACCAACGGCUUCAAACUUGGCGGGUUUCGCUCAAUGAGUGGAUGGCACCGAAUCAUCCCGAACUCAACUACGCUCUGUUGCUGUACAAUCGCGCUCUCAGGCUUCUGAUCCAGCCUUUCUUACCUCUUCUUCCCCCUUCUGACCAGUUCUACGGACUGUGUAUGAGAGCUGCGGGGGAUAUCUGCCAGGCUCACAAGAGGCUCCAUCAAACUCUUGACUACGGUCACAGCUUCAUUGCCGUUCAGACCGUGUUCGUCGCCGGGGUCACUCUUCUUUAUGGACUCUGGACACAGGGAAAUGAGCUUUGGUCAGUAGCACUUGCGAAUGACAUCCGUGCUUGCUCUUUAGUGUUAUUCGUCAUGGGCGAGAGAGCACCUUGGGUUCGCAAAUACAGAGACGCUUUUGAGGUUCUUGUGAACGCAGCCAUGGAGAAACUUCAGGAUGGUGAAUCGGGCUUGGCGGAAAUGGCCUCAGCUCAGAUGCGUGCAGGAAGACAACAGGACACGACGCUAGACGGGCAGAGCGAGGAAGCUGCCGGCGAGAGGGAAGUGGGACAAAUGACCGAUGACGGCUUAGACCAGUUUCUGGGUAGCGUUGGAGAUUCUGGAAUUGCUGGUGGGGGUUUCGAAGGUGCUUGGCCCAUGGUCGCUGAGUUGGCGAACUGGAUCGAUCAGGACAGCGGAAGCCCUGUCUGGAUGCCCAAUUUUGAAUUGUUGCAGAGCCUUUCCGGCAAUGACUAG